UGUCUCUUCUCUUAUUCACCAUUUAGACCACCAUGUACUUUUCGAAGGUAUCGACAGCCCUUCUUGGCUUGGCCAUUGGUAUCCAAGAUGCAGCUGCUGGUCCUUGCAAGCCUGAGUCCAGCCAAACUCUAACCGAAAGCUCUUGGGGGGCGACAAGCUCUGUGUUUGAUGCUGCCUCGACGACUACUUCGAUUGUGUCCUCAACCGAGACUACGCAGACGCGUCCCGAUAAUGAGAUUUCUUCAACGGUCUCCCUUGACUCAUCUUCAGCCGAAGGCACUUCCCCCACGACGUCCAACACCGAAAGUGUCUCGACAGCAUUAGAGUUCUCCGAAACCAGCGCGAGGCUGUCAUCAACGAACAAGGAAACAUCAGACUCUUCAAUAACGAUAGAAGUCUCAGAGUCCAGCAAAAUCCUCCCAUCAUCAACUGAGGAAACAGCAAGCUCCUUAACAACAACAGAAGCUUCAGAAUCCACCACGGACUUCUCGUCAACGAUUGAAGAGGCGACCGAAGUAACGACCGAAGCAACUACUGAAGAAACAACAAGCUUCGCCACACCAAUAGAAGUCUCAGAGCCAACCACUAUCCUUCCAUCCACAACCGAAGAAACACCAAGCACCUCCACAGCACCAAUCAACGAACAACCGCAAAUCUUCACCGGCGGCUCCGCAACAUGGGUUUACCAAGACGGCAUCAUGGGUGACUGCGGAUCAGUCAGCCACGACACCGACUUCGUCGUUGCCCUAGAUUACCGAAGGUAUGAUCGGAGCAAGUGCGGUAAAAAGAUUCGCGUCACAGCGACUUCUGGCCGGCGCAUCGGGUUAUCUAUCGACGUCACCAUUGUCGACGUUUGUUAUGCCUGUUCAAACGAAAACUCGAUGGAUCUGUCUACGGCUGCGUUCAACGCUUUUGCCCCGCUGGACGAUGCGGUGGUAAAUGUAAAAUGGCAGUAUUUGCCGUGAUCUGCCGUGAUCUAGGAAAUGAAGCGAAAUAGAAGAAGUAGAGGAAGAAUGAGGCCAGAAUAUCAAGGGAAAUAGACUAAUGCGUAAUACAAAAUCGUCAGUGGAAGUAUUAAGCACUGACACAGAUACAUUCUUUGAGCAGUUGCAGGCAAUAUGCACAAAUUAACGACAUCUGCAACUCGAUAAAAAGCCACAGGAAUUUUACUCUUUAGCCAACAUCUCCAGCAUUAGAUACAUGACUCAAAGAGCUAUAAAUAACAC